GCUGCUGGAUUCAAAUGGCAUUCGCGGCCCUACCUUUCCCUGCAGAGCUGAUGAUUCCUUCCCCUGGCACAGCUUUCCAGGACGUCCAUGUGAUGAUCUUUGUGGGCUUUGGCUUCCUCAUGAUGUUCCUCAAGCGUUAUGGAUUCGGAGCUGUGGGUUUCAAUUUCCUCCUCGCUGCCUUUGGGAUCCAGUGGGCUCUCCUGAUGCAAGGCUGGUUCCACUCUUUCAAGACUGGAAAGAUCCUCAUUGGAGUGGAGAACCUGAUCAAUGCUGAUUUCUGUGUGGGCUCUGUGUGCGUUGCCUUUGGGGCCAUCCUGGGCAAAACCAGCCCCAUACAGCUCCUCAUCAUGACUUUAUUUCAAGUCACGCUCUUUGCAGUGAAUGAGUACAUCCUCCUCAACCUGCUUCAUGUUAAAGAUGCAGGUGGCUCCAUGACCAUUCACACCUUUGGGGCCUACUUUGGCCUGACUGUGACACGCAUCCUGUACAGACCCAACUUGGAGCAGAGUAAGGACAAGCAGGGCUCUGUGUACCACUCUGACCUCUUCGCUAUGAUUGGUACCCUGUAUCUGUGGCUGUACUGGCCCAGUUUUAAUUCAGCAGUUUCUGAACAUGGAGAUGCCCAGCACCGGGCUGCCAUUAACACGUACUGCUCACUGGCUGCUUGUGUCCUCACUACAAUGGCCUUCUCCAGCAUGCUGCAGAAGAAAGGCAAGCUUGACAUGGUUCACAUCCAGAAUGCAACGCUGGCUGGCGGCGUGGCCGUGGGCACCAGUGCAGAGAUGAUGCUGACUCCUUAUGGAUCCCUCAUUGUUGGGUUCAUCUGUGGCAUCGUGUCCACAGUGGGGUAUGUCUACCUCACGCCUGUUUUGGAAUCCAGGUUGCACAUCCAGGACACAUGUGGCAUCCACAACCUCCAUGGCAUGCCGGGCCUUAUUGGGGGCAUUGUGGGAGCCAUCACCGCAGCUGCAGCCACGGAGGAUGUGUAUGGAAAGGAAGGGUUCAUCAAGGCCUUUGACUUCACUGGCAGCUACAAGACCCGGACACCCAGUGUCCAAGGAGGAUUCCAGGCAGCCGGCAUUGUUGUGUCUCUCGUCAUGGCUUUGGCUGGGGGGGCCCUUGUGGGGGGCAUCCUGAAGCUGCCGAUCUGGGGCGAUCCUGCGGACGAGACCUGCUUUGAGGAUGACAUCUACUGGGAGAUCUUUGUCUUUUAGGAAAUGAGUACAAUUUCCCAGAGAACAUAACAUUCGCAAGAGGAGAGGAGCCUACCUGAGCAGUUGGCAGCCCCACAGAGACAAGUUCCUGGGUCUUGGACACUGCACUCCUCUGCUACUUCAGGCCAGAUUUCUCACUGUUUUGGGGUGACUCUACCAAUCAUGAGACGCAUCCUCCACUGUAGCUGAAAGGCCUCCUGGCUUGCUCUGCAGCCAGGAAUUGCCUCUCAGGGAUCCCCACUGCAAUUACAACCUACUGCUGGCAAGAGCGUGUCUGGCCGGGGCCUGGCAGGGUGGUUCCCCGGGUGCAGAGGAACCGUGUGAGAGCUGAGCAUGCUAGAGCACUCUCUCCAGCCUCUCUUGCAGGGGAAUGAAGGACCUCUGAGAUGUUUCUUAAAGCUUGCUAGCCCACUGCUUUGUUAAAUGUGCCAAUGACCUUAACUCCUCUUGGUUACACUGCCUUUCUCAUUCACAUUCUCACCUGUGAUAUGAUAACCCAAUUCUUAUUCCAUGGGCAUAGCCUCAUGUCUGACUGUCCCUAAUCUUCAUGUCAUCAUGGCAGUGACCAGGUUUCUAGAAGAUCCAUGUGCUACAGUCAGCAAGUCCCCAGUGUCAAAACAAGUUGCUCCUGACUUUAUUCCUUUUGUCUUAAUUAAUUCUUCUGGCUUUGCCUCCGAGCUUGGCUUCACCUUGAGCUAUGCUUGACACAGGCAGACA